AUGCAUAAGAGGGUGAGUUUGUUUGGUAGGAAUGUUGAUUUUGUAGUUGGAAAUGUGACUAGGGUUGCUUUGAAAAAUGGAGGAUUUGGGGUAAUGGAGGUGGAUGGGUAUGCAUUGGCACAAUUUUGGAAGAGUGUUCCAAUUGAAGGGUGUAGCAAGUGCCUACAAAAGGUGACAAAGGCAGUGAGAGGCUGCGUGCCAAAGGAGGAAAUGAGAGGGAUGAAUAUUAGGUCAUCUCCCCUUUGCACGCCGCCCAUUGUCCACCGAGAUUUGAAAACUUCCAACAUCUUGUUGACUGAAAAUAUGCAAGCUAAGAUAGCUGAUUUUGGCCUGUCUAAAGCUUUUGUGACAGAAAAUGCUUCUCACAUAUCAACUCGUCCUGUAGGCACACGCGGACACCUUGACCCUGAAUUUCACAAGUUAGGAAACCUAAAUAGAAAAAGUGACAUUUAUAGUAUUGGGAUAAUUCUGUUUGAGCUUAUCAUUGCCCAGCUAACAGUAUUAAGAGGUUCAAAAUACAACAUUCACGUACUUCAAUGGGUGACUCCUGCAAUUGAAAAAGGCAACGUUCGGAGCAUCAUUGAUCCUAAGUUGAAAGGCGAAUUCAACACCAAUGCUGUCUGGAAAGUUGAGGAGAUAGCGAUGGCAUGUACACAGCCAACUUCAAACAAAAGGCCAGAUAUCAGUCACGUACUAGCAGAACUUAAGGAUUGUUUGGCUCCAAAUCAGAUGGCCCCAAAAAAACCUCAAACGAUGCAGACCACCAAUCUAAUAAUAACAUCCUAACACUCACCUUCAAAAGCCCAUUCGGGUGGUGUUGACUCAUAUGCAGCUCCCAGCCCCAGGUAAUCUCCAAACAAUUCCUUGUUGUAAUGAUUGUAGACCUGAUAAGCUAAGUUAUUUAUCCAAAUUUCAGCUAAGAUAAUACCAUGUUCAUUAAUAGACUUUAAAUUGAUAUGUAUGUGCGUAUGUACUUUUGAAAUCUU